CUCAAGAGCGUUUCCUCAAAAAAGUUGACAUCAGUUGUGGUUAACCAUCCAAUUGAACUUGACUCUUGGGUCAACAGAGUUGAGAAAUUGAACAUUGUCCGUGACACCUCUUGGUCAAUUCACAAGUCAGCAAGUCAAGUUCCGUGCUAAAUAGGGGUGCUGGAAUACGAGCUUUCACCAUGAAUCGAAUGUCCCAAUUGCGAGGUGGAACCUCGGGGAAGGGCAAGAUCACGCUGUUCACCCAUGAGGAUUUCGAAGGAGCCUCUUUGGAGAUCGAGGACAGCAACAUGCAGAUUCAAAAGCUCUGGCCGCAUGACCGCAUCCGAUCCGUGAUUGUCCAAGGCAACCCGUGGGUCUUAUACGAGGAACCGGGCUUCUGGGGUGUCCCUGCGUUCUUUGAAGAAGGCCGCUACAAAGUGAUCGAGUUCAUGUGCGACUUGAAGAAGAGCGGAUCCGCCAAGCAGCUUUUGGAUGAUUUGGGAUCCCCGGAAAUCAGUCUGUUCAGUCCGAGUCGCUUCUCGGGCACCUAUGAGUGGGAGAAAAUCGAGGACCCCACCACAAUGAAGUGGGUGUCCGUGGGCAAGGCCGGGAUUUGGGGCGUAAGAGCCAAGGACGACUCGUUGUGGGUGCGAACCGCAGAUGGAAAGCCCGGCGGAAAAACCGAGGCCGAUUCGGAUCAAGGCUCGGUCUGGAUGAAGAUGCAGGGUUCGGCAAAACAGAUAUCAGUUGGAACCACUAGCGUAUGGGGUGUGAAGGCUGAUGGCGUGGUCAACGCCAGAAUUGGAAUUGGUGCUGACUCACCCUGUGGCAAGGAAUGGGCUACCGUCGAUGGAGAACCAAUGAAACAUGUGUCUGUCAGCAGUGAAGGUCACGUGUGGGCCAUUGACGAGAAGGACAAGAUUUGGUACCGCAAGGGGGCCAAUAACCAGUUCGCCCUUGGAACCGGUUGGAAGAUGGUGUCUGGUAACCUCAAGCAGAUCUCGGUGGGGAAAUGCGGUGUCUGGGGUGUGAACUCGGAUUACCAGGUCUGGUUCCGAUUGAACACUUAUGGCGACCCUGAGACGGACGGAACUGGUUGGAUGAGGAUUGAUGGCCGGUUUCAACAGAUUUACUCCGGACCUGAGGGCGUGAUUGCCCUGGCUGCGAAUCGCGAUAUGUAUUACCGUGCCAAUGUUGGGGAGAAAGACGGCAAAUCCAUGACUUCCUUCAAUGAAGGAACUCAUUGGAUCCGCAUUGAACAAGACAAGGAGUCCAAAAUCAUCUUCAAGCAGUUUGAGUUCGCCAAGAACUCGCUGUGGGCCGUGGACAAGGACAACAACGUUUACUACAAGGACAGAAUCUUCGACGAUUUGGAAUCUAACUACGCAGUUCGCGUGUUUGGUGAUGAACCGGAUUUCUCUAUGUACAAUUUUGCCGAGAAGGGUACAACCGCCAAAGUCUCCAGUGGUGGAUGGGCUCUUUAUUCGGAACCCAAUUACAAGGGCAAGAUUUCCUACCUAUUUCCCAAUGAUAGCGUGGGGAAUGAUCCACCCUCUAAAGUAAACCCAAUGAAAGCCUGGUUUGCACAGAUCGGGUCCGCCCGACCAAUCCGUGGCCAGAACUAUAGAACUCCGAUGAUGAGAAUCAACCUUGAUUGGGCCAAAAAAGAAGUUUCGUCCUCAGAGGAGAUCCUCUUCUCAGAGGAUGUUACCAAUGAGAGUGAUGACUACUUGGAUGCUCCGUGGUUGCCUACCUUUGAUCUGGAGACGUCUGUUACUCACCAAUUUGAAGUUUACCUGAUGCAAUACCUAUCUGGAGGUUCCGUGAUUCGAGGGUGUGAGUUUACGGUGAAUAACACGGAACCUGUCGAGUUUGAGAUUGGUGCAAACGGGCCCAAUCUGUUUACUGGGGAGGACUUCCAUCAGCAACUAGAUACAACAUUUGUGUUCAAAGACGAGACCAAGAGCACAACCCAAGCCAAGAAGACACGGAUCCUCAAGCUCCCGCCCCUUGUGCCCCCCAAAUGCACAUUCAGGGCCAAAAUUGUAAUGUAUCGUGCAAAGGUUAAGGUUCCUUUCCAAGCUGAAUUCAAAGUGGGAUUUUCGCCCAAGUUUGAAGAGGGAGGUGAAAGUUGGCAUGAGAAUGGCAUGUACGAAGGAUUGGACGAGAGCAACGUCAAGAUCGACCUUCAGUGCAUACGAAUGGCCAACACCCGCAAGGUGUCCAAAAUGAUCAACGGACUCGGCGACGACAUGUAAAUGCGCCCACGUCCCACACCCCCACCGGAGACAACGAACACGCCUACCAGCCUCUCGAAUUGGACGCCACUGUACAUACUACACACAUACAUACAUGCUACGAGUAUAUUGUACGAUCUUGAUUUGGUUCAAUCAAAAUUGAGCGGGACACAAGUAUUUGCCAUCGUACAAGAAGUCUAGUUACUACUACUCCGUCAUUUAAAAUAAACAAAUACUCUACAUCCAAAUUGGCAUUAAAGUUGAAAUGAA